CAGUCGUUGCUUCAUGAUGUGGGGUGUCGUGUUGAUUUUUCUUUCCUGUGUCCAGGCUGAAGUGAUGUCACAUGAAAUUACUGUGAAGUGUCGUGAAUAUUAUGGUUUCCCACCCAUCAGUAAUACCACUCCAUCUUUCCUUGCGGACUUAAAAGGGGAGCUGGUGACAGUGGAAGAGAAUACGAUGCUAAACAUCAGCUGGGCAGUCAACAUUGAUGCUAGUAUUAAAUAUCUGAAGGGCACUUAUAUCACAAUUGACGGGGAAUCAUACCACUGUGACUACAAGCCACAUCUGAGUGAAGACAUCACUGAGUCAAAGCAGAGAUGGUUUAGUUUUUUAAAAGAGGCAAGCAAUGGUUUCACCUCCAUCCAAGUCACCAAUCUCCCUCUACCUCCUCUUGGGAGUGACUCCUCUUAUAAGACUCUACUACAUAUGAACAUCCCAAAGCAGUCUAUGCAAGUAUCUACAGCAAGUGUAACGCUAGAGACUGCUCAAGUCUCUACAGUUGAGACCACUGCUUCAACUGUGAGGGGAGAAGUUGAACAUAUCACUAUCGCCAUCGUAGGAGGACUGGCUUUUUUGAUGAUCCUGACCAUGUGCUGCAUAAUCUGUAAAUGCUGUGGAGCCAACAUUGCCACAUCAAUGGGUUUCAAACAUUUACCCCAAUCUCCCAUGGUUCCUGUGGAUGUUCUGGUGGUAUACCCUGCUGAGAAUUCAGCCUUUCAGCAGGUUGUGGUGGCCCUGGCAGAAUUCCUGCAGUGGCACGGUGGCUGCCGCGUGGCUAUCGACAUGUGGCAGCAACAGAAAAUCGCAGAGCUGGGUCCAAUGCGCUGGCUGGCACAACAGGCUAAAGAUGCAGAUCAGAUUCUUAUCAUCUGCCCACAGGCCUCUUCACAGCCUAGCUGCUCUCCGUCCAACCACAAUUUCCCAGAAUCACCCAUCCCAGCAGCAGCUCAUGACCUUUUUCCUCUGAUUCUCAACAUGGUCGCCAGUCAUGCAAAGAACACCAGUGACCUGGCUAAGUUCUGGCUGGUGCAGUUUGACAAACAACAGAACAGAAUGCCUAGCACCAUGCCACUGGAACUGAGGGCAUGCAAGUCCUUCUGCUUGAUGAAAGAUUUGAACAAACUGUGCAAGAGUCUUCAUUCCCAAAGUCAGAAAAGCAAGCUAUCACAAGUGACCGUCAGUGAAAAGAGUACAUCAAAGUUAAGAGACGCUGUAGAAAACACUUUCAGAAAUGUGGAGCCACUGAGAAAUGUGGUCACCUCUGUUUGAACAUCGGUUAUGAGAAUAUGUAGAUUGAUUAUGAUGAGCAAACAGUGUGAGUAAGAAUAGUUACUGUUUCAUUCAAUUCUAAUGUGUUUUUUUUUUAAAAGACAGACUGUUAACUUAUGUUCAUGUUUUUAGUUUUUUUUUUUAAGAAAACUCUUGUGAGUCGUAAUGCAGUACAUCUCAAUAAAAAGUGUAUUGUUUAUUGGCCUGAUAAAAGCUUUUCAUUUGACAUAUAUAGUAAAUUAAAGAAAUAUAUUUAUAAAUGUGUGUUAUAUAUAUAUAUUACACUCUGUAUUUUCCUAAUCUGUCAGUGAGUCUGCAGCCAAACACAGACAGGCAGAGACCAGCUCCAUGUAUCUCACUCAUGGUCACUGAUGAUGAUACUGUUUUAGUUUAAUGUAUACAAGUUGUCUAUCUUUGUUUCUAAAGCCUGGAAAAAUGUCAGUAAAGUUAUUUUCUUUUAGCA